AUGUCGCAAGCUGCCUCGUGAUCUCAAAGAGUGGCAGGCUUUCCAUGACCUGAAGAAGUCCAUUGAUGAAUUCAGUGAGUACGUCCCCCUGUUGGAGCUUAUGACUAACAAAUCUAUGAAGACGCACCACUGGAAGAGAAUCUCUGAGGUGACCAGCCAUACCUUCGAAGUGGGAAGUGAUUCAUUCAAGCUGGGGAACAUAAUGGAAGCUCCUCUGCUCAAA